UACAAAAUUAACCAUUACUAAGUUAAUCAUAAUGUUAAUUAGUUUACAUAUUAAUUAUUUUAAUUAUUAAUUAUUUAAAAUUUUGUUGUGUUAAAAAAAUUUACGAAUAUCACUCUCUCGCCUUAUUGUGUUUUUUCAAAAAUUGAUUAAUUAAUAACUGAUUGCUGUUUCGAGGUUGACUAUGGCCUACGAUUAGUUGAUAACCCUACAUCGAGUGAUACGACGUAGUGUUCUGAUCACUAGGGGUCAGUAAUCUUACAUUGACGAGACAUCACCUGUGCACUGCAUGAAAUUAGCGAUGUCCGACAUGAUAGUUUGCCUCCCAUUUUGUGUGGAAGCGGUAUAGUUUUGGCUUCACACUUUAACUUAAUUUCUUUUAACUUCUUACUUCCCCACUUCGUAUGGAAGUGUCUUUUAAACGGAUAGUUCUGAUUUUUUUUUCAUGAACUAGUAUGACCCAAUCAGCAGUGUACUGCAGCAACAGUGACUCCAGAACAAAUCAAUUGGAGGCUAAUUAGCUAGCUCGGUAGCUAUGAGCAGAAACCACCUUUUAUGUCCCAUUGCAGAAGUUCUUGUACUCUUUUUGGAGUUCAAGCCCUGAUGUGUGUCAAAUGGCUGCAGUUUGUAUCACAAUGAGAAUGAAAAGAAUAUAUUGCAAAUGUUGAAUAUGCUGCAGGGUCUCACAUCUCUUGGUCACUGGUGUGUGAGAACUUUCUUAUUCGGUCAACCUGUGGCCAUAGCGGCGUACAGUCGUGUCAUUUCCUGUUGUGGUGGCUAAGAAAAGCAAAGUAGUCUCCACUGAGAAAGUAAAGAUGCAUGUGAAUUUUCUGUCAUAUGUCAAGAAGAAGGUGGCACUUGUUGUAGCGGAUUGAAUUAUAUUGAUCCCUUGGACUUGGACCUGUGCCCUCAUGGAAAUUAAAGUCCAAGAAGCAGCAACACAGUAUGCCGUACACAAGACAUCAAUAGCAAUAACAAAGUAUGCAGAGUAUUGCACAUUGUCCAGUUUAAAAAUAUGCAUGUAUAUUUGAACUAUUUUAGUGGUGUGUUGACCAUGGUGCACUUGUAAAUCUAUCCUUAGAGUUGCAUCUUGUGUUGUGUAAACAUCCUCCCCCUUCUGUUUUGGGUCCAGUCUACACGCGCUUUUUUAAAGGAUACAGCGGCUAUGGUAAAUAAUAGUCCAUCUGAAAUGUUUUUUAUUUUGAUCUAAAUCAUACCACAUUUUGGAUCAAACAUGGUGGUUUUAUGACUUAUUUAUUUAACCCAAGGCUAACCCCAGGCUAAUGAAAGGAAGCAGUGCUCUUCUCACUGCAUUUUAAUAAUACAUUUUAUUUAUAGAAUGCCUUUCAGGGUACUGAAAUGUGCUUUUAAAACAACCAUUUCUGUUAUUAUUAUUAGUAGCAUAGCUAAUACUAAUCAUUUGUUAAUUAAAAUGACACUUCACCUCUGAAAUAGCAUCCUACAUAUCUACCAUAUUCAUCAAUAUAGAUUGAGAGAAUUGCUUGUUUUUUUUUUCCCUGGUCAUGUUACAUCAUUGCAGGGUGCACGGUAGCCGAGUGAUUAGCAUGUUGGCCACACAGGAGUUCGGGAAUCUCCUGAUCUUUGAAUCUCCGCUUGGGCAUCUGUGUGUGGAGUUUGCAUAUUUUUCCAUGCAUGUGGGGGUUUUAUCCAGGUACUCCGUUACCUACCACUUUCCAAAAACAUGCAUGUUAGGUUAAUUGGUAUGAAUGUCAGUGUGAAUGGUUUGUCUAUGUAUAUGUGCCUCUCGCCCAAAGACAGCUGGGAUAGGCUCCAUCAUACCCGCAACCCUAGUGAGGAUAAGCGGCUUAGGAAAAGCAUGGAUGGAUUUCACAUGACUGCACGUGUUGCUAGGCAGAGUUCAUAUUUUCUUUCACCCAGACAGAAAUGUUUCCAGAAUUGUUCUCCAAGUUGGCAUGAUAACACUUGGUUUGGAUUGUCACUGGACGUCUCUAUUGGCCACGGACCAGUACACCACCAGGGCCAGUUACCGAAAAACACAUCUGUCUACGAGAAGGAGAAGGAUAUCAUCUCUGUGUGUCGUCAGUUGGUGGUGGUUUGCGACGAGAUCCUGACCUGCAGCUCGGAGACUCUCCUCACCAACACUCCUGAGCUAGAGAGCGUGGAUCUUGUACCUGUGUCACCUGGAGAACAUCUGGGCAUUGAGAUAACAUCCAUUGGAUCCAGCAGCCACUAUGUGACUGGAACUGCAACAGAGCCAUCCAGUGAUGUCGCAAAGAUCCUGGCAGGAGAUGAAGUGAUCAAAGUCAACAACCAGAUAGUGGUUGGCUGGAGCAGAGCUAACCUUGUGAAGAAGUUACGGGAGAACCCCAGCGGGGUCACGUUGGUCCUGAGGAAGUCUUCUGGGUCACUGACCCGCCGAGGUCCAGUACAGCAGAUCCCCACUGCGCAGGAGGAGGAGGACGACGAUAAAGACGAGAGUUCGGAGGAAGAAGAGGAGACAGACGACAAUCCCAGACACUCCAUAUUUGAGCGAGUAGCAGCUUCCGUCAGGUCCCUAUCUUUCAGGAGAGCUGUUCAAGGUCCCGAAGUGACUGACGAGCCUAUGGGACAGGAGGAGUCUGAUCUGUCUGCAGACAAGGAGGUUGAAGAGAGGCUCACAUCAUAUCAAGACCAACAAGGAGAAUCAUCACUACUAUCAGCCUCUGGAGAGUUUUAUAGUUUGGCUGGUUCAAGACUUUCGCCGGGGCUCAACAGAAGAAGAGCCCGUACGCCCUCGCCCAGAAGCAUUUCACCCUACGGAUUCUUUGGAAAUUCUUCAUCGCUAGACAUCCGCCAAGACCGAGCAAGCGUCUGUUCCUGUCCUGAAAUGGUGGGCCACACGGGAAAUAAAGACACAAAGAAGACUUCUACGAAAGGGAUGUCGACGGCUCUCAGUCGACGUCGCGUGUCUUGCCGCGAGCUGGUACUCCCCGACUGCGAUGGCUGGCUGUGGAAGAAGAGAAGGGAGAGUAGCGUCUUCAUCGCUCAGAAGUGGCAACGCUUCUGGUUCGUCCUCAAGGGCCCGUGCCUUUACUGGUACACCAGUCAACAGGAUGAGAAAGCCGAGGGUUUGGUCAACAUUGCCAGUUACAGCAUAGAGGGCGCUGGCGAGCACAAGAGAAAAUAUGUGUUCAAAAUGCGGCACCAACGAUUUCACAACUUUUUUUUUGCCGCCGACAACGUCAGCGACAUGAGCAAGUGGAUUAACUCCCUCAUCACAGCCAUACAGAAGCACAAGACACUCAACCCAAGUCCAGAUAGUGAAGAAGAGUGUUACAGUGAGACUGAAUCAGAGACUGAGAGCUCACCGUCACCCCGGAGAAGAAAUAAGAAAGUGCAGUCUAGCACUCUGCCUCGCCCCAAGCGCAACAAGACCAACAAGGUGCCAUUGUCAAGUCCUGCAACAGGUGGCAGCAAAGGGACAGCAGCUCCAGAAGACGAGAUGGGCAAGAUGUUGAACAACAUAAAGGAAGGGGGAGUUUCUCUGAUGGGCCAAGAGCAGCCGCUCACACACGACCACUUCAGGAGGUCGUUCAUUCGACGCAACAAGAACCCUGUCAUCAACGAGAAAGCUCACACUCUCCGGGCGCUGCAGAGCACCCUAAAGGCCAAAGAAGCAGAGUUGCAACAGCUGAACAAAAUUCUGGAAGGUUCCACCCUGUCUGCCUCAAAGUACCGACAGUGGAAGGAACAGAACGAGGAGCUCGUUCAAGAAAUCGAGAGACUUGCUGCGCUCAGGGGCGCCAAAGUAGGAAACGACUCUCCUGUGCAGGACACGCCUGCUGAAGAGGUUGCCUUGGAAACUGUUGGCAAGGAAACAACCAGUGCAGAGACAAAAGGCGCGUACAGACUGAGUCUCAGCGAUGGAGAACAGCUGGUUGACGCCGAGCCUUCUGAUGUUCUCCUGGAGGUCUCCCAGGGUUCUCUGGCGGCGGUGGAUAGCAGUCCCAUGUUGGAGCUCUCGCUGGGCUCGCUGCAAGAGUCCAUCAAUAAACAGCUGAGCGAGAUGAGAGAGACUGGAGAGGUCUCCGAGACCUAUUUCUACAUUUAAGGAUUGAAAAUAGACAUGUCUUACUGCAGAGCUGCAGUAUUUUACCGCCUGGUGACGGAAGGAGGACAGUUUGUCAGGUUCAAAUCUGACAUAUACCACAAAGAGUUAGUGCUUUAUUUGAUAUAAUUGUCCAUGAAAAGCACAUUUUAGACUUUAACUUGCCACAACUCAAGUUUACACAUGGAACAAGUUGCCAAUCGUCAGUAUAACAACUCCAACAUGUAUUUAAUUUUCUUCUAGGAAAAUAUGGAAUACGGUAGAUAAAAGUGUCUAUUUUUGGAACUCUAUAUGUGUAAGGUGCUUGUCAAAGCAUCUUCCUGCAGGAUAAUGUUGAUACAAAAAAAACUUUCCAUUUGAGUUACCAUAAAAAGCAUUUACAAUUUAAAGGAUUUAAUUUCCUAUAGAAAAGAUUUAUUUUCUGUAGAAAAAAAAUCAGAGAAUAGACGGGGAUCUACUGUAAAGGACAUACAAUUUUAAAAUGUGAUCUGUAUAUACUUUUUAUCCAGAAUGCGCUUUGUUUAUUGAUAGAUGUACAAUUUUUUAAUAUUUUUGCACAGAACAUGUACAUUCAAAAAUCACCUCUAUGGUAGUGUGUAUUUUAAAAAUUCAUUUCAUUUUAUCAACUUAAAAAAAACUGUUUGUUAAUGAACCGUACCGCAGUUAUGAGAAAAAAAAUACUCAUACUGUGGUUGUGUAUUGCUUGUGAAGAUAUUAGAUGUGUCCUCAUUUCCACUGUAAGAUUAUUGAAUAAUAAAAAACGAGCAUUAUGAUCACAUUUGAUGUGCUAGUUUCUUGAGGUUGUUAAUCAGGAUGUGUUUAUCAUGGGCUUGUAUUGGAAUAUGGACGGUUACUAGCUAUAAAUAUAGUUGUAUUAUUGUAUCAUUACAACUAUUUUUGUAGCCAUUAUUUUUGUGUGCUCAUACUCAGUGUUUUGAAACUGGGGCUGUCAAAUGAUUAUCAUUUUUAAUUAUAUGAAUAUUAAUCACAGUUUUUUUUAAUGAAUAUUAAUCACAGUUUUUCAAAUUAAUUUAUCAUGAUUAAUCACCAUUUGCCACUAUGUAUGAUUUAUGCCCAUUUUUAAAGUAUUUUAUUGCAAGAAAGAGAAUUUUUCUUCAAUAGUAGCACAAUGUUUGAAUCACACUUUAACCUUUUUGUGUUGAGGUGUUGCGUUCAAAGAAUUCACGUUAUUGCAGCAAAUUGUACUUCCACAUUAAGUUGUCUAUAUAUAUAUGGUGUAGGAACUGCACUGCUGUUGAUGUGUUCAGGUCAGAAUAAAGUUAUAGAUAAGAACGUCAGACUCUGUGUGACUCUGGAGGCUUGACACGAACUGUGUCCCCGCCUGUCGUCAUAGAUACCAGAGAGGCAUGGUGCGUAUGUGUUAAUCACAUUAAAUAAUUUCAUGAAAUUAAUUAAUUACCGCCGUUACUUUUGACAGCCCUCAUUUAAACAGGUGAAAACAUUCUUUAU